AUGGAAACUGCCAUUUGCUCAUCUAUAACACGGGCCGCGGGACUUGGAGACACUUUUUGGAGAGCGAAUCUGCGAGACGUUGCGGUGAUGGCCAUGUCUUCGGAUCCGAAUCAGAGUUUGAACAAGCCUUCGGGCAAGGGAAAGGCAGUGACUCCAGUUGUGCCGCCGUCCCUUGCGUCGUCGUCGUCUACAUUUCAAGUCCAAAUCAAGUCAGAGCACAAUGUCAUGGAGCGUCUUGCACUCGAGUUUUCGUCAUUGCCGGACAGAGAAAUGGUGCCUGAGGGUACAGAUUCAACGGCUGGGCAGCAACAGCAGCUUACAGCGCCAGGGUCAUCUAGUCAGAUUACUCCUACUUCAAACACGCCGACGAAUAAUCUCAUCACAAAGACUAUCCGCGCAGCCAUGUCGGACAUCAACAAGCCAAAGUGA